AUGUUGUCCACGCUUCCUCGACUGCCGGUCUUCGAGGCCAUUGCCGGCCACUCUCCCCAAUCUACGGUCGUUGUCCACUCCAAUAGUGGGCGCCGCUUUCAAUAUGGCGAGUUAUUGGGCGAUGUCCGCAGGGUCCGGAACCGCCUUUACGAGGCUUCCAAGAAGUCCGACUUGGAUGGUGAGCGCAUAGCUUUCUUGGUUGAGAACAGCUACGACUAUGUUGUGAUCUGGCUAGCCAUCCUAGCGGCCAAAGCUAUUGCUGUGCCGUUGUCUCCGGCCUUCCCGCCCCCCGAGCUCCAAUAUAUCCUCAACCACAGUGAGGCAUUGUUACUACUGUCUUCAGCCAAGUUUUCUUCCAAAGCGCAGGAGGUGUUGAAAACUGAGUUGGAUGUUCAGCCCACAUUUGUCCAACUGGAAAAGUUUCAGGGAGGAGGACCCCAUGAGCACGUCGAGUUGGAAGAGAAGUCCGAUCCCGGCGCAGCAGGCAUGAUGCUAUACACAUCCGGCACCACAAAUCGACCUAAAGGAGUGCUCCUGCCGCAAUCGGUCAUGACAGCACAGGCCCGAUCGUUGCAGCAAGCCUGGGAAUACAGCCCAUCAGAUUAUCUUCUGCAUGUCCUCCCUUUGCACCACAUCCACGGGACCAUCAAUGCCAUCUUUACCCCUCUAUUUUCUGGCAGCACGAUCGAGUUUAUGUUCCCCUUCAACGCCGACGCUGUUUGGAAGCGAUUUGCCUCUCCCUUCCUUACAUCUGGCCAGCGCCCAGAUCCAAGUGGUCCUCAGCCGAUCACAUUUUUCACCGCCGUCCCAACGAUCUAUUCCCGUCUCCUGACGACAUAUAAAUCCCUUCCUUCUGAUCUCCAAAGAGCUGCUCGGACUGCCAUCAGCCCAGCCAACCUUCGACUGGCCAUAUCAGGCUCUGCGGCCCUCCCAACCCCCAUCAAGCGAGCCUGGAGUGACCUGAGCGAAGGCAACGUCCUUCUCGAACGCUACGGCAUGACAGAAGUUGGCAUGGCCAUCAGCUGUGGCCUGGAUGUCGCCGACCGCGUAGACGGUUCGGUUGGGUGGCCCUUGCCGGGCGUCGAGGCACGACUGGUUGACGUCGACACGCAAGCCGUCAUCGAGCCGGGCGCUGAGCGUGAUCCGGCCACAGGCCGUGAGCGUGUUGGCGAGAUCCAGCUACGCGGCCCCACCAUUUUCGCCGGGUACUGGCGCAAUCCGGAGGCAACGGCCAAAGAGUUUGUGGAUGAUGGCAAGAACGACGGAAAAGGGCCUUGGUUUAAGACGGGCGAUGUCGCCGUUCGCCGGCCAGCCCCCGAAGGGGCAGGCCAGUCCACACUUCCCAGUCAGCGGGAGUGGGCGCGUGGGGAUAUGUACUUCAUCCUAGGGCGGCGCAGCGCCGACAUCAUCAAGAGUGGAGGCGAGAAGGUGUCUGCUCUCGAAGUCGAGCGGGAGAUGCUCGCCCUGCCGCAAGUGGCUGAGGUCGCAGUUGUGGCAGUGCCUAGUGGGAAGUGGGGACAGAAGGUCGGUGCCGUGGUCGUCCUAAGCAAGGAGUAUGAGGGAAAGGGUUGGUCGCCGCUUGAGAUGCGGCGUUCGCUCAGGGAUCGACUUGCAAAUUACAAGAUCCCGCAGGUCCUAAAGAUCGUGGAACACAUCCCGCGAAACGCGAUGGGCAAGAUAAAUAAGAAGGUUUUGGUUAAAGAGGUAUUCAGGGAUGAAGCUAGCGGGGAUGAGCUUUGA